AUGUCGCUGAAACUCGAUGGAUUCCUGCGGACGUUCCGCGGAAAAGGAGAUGACCUGGAGACGUUUUGGUCGAAGUUCCGUGUACUGGCGGAUAUUCAAAAGUGGGACACGGAGGAAAAACGGAUGCAGCACCUGCCCCUGGUCCUAGAUGGCCAGGCGUUCAAAGUCUUCAUGUCCAUGGCGGAGGCGGACAGGAAAAAGGAGGCAACCGUGAAAGCGCUACUUGAAAAGGCCUUCGCGCCUGCACCUGCUGAUUCUUAUCAGCAGUUCCUGUCCCGUCGCCUACGCCCUGACGAGGCUGUGGACGGCUACGUUGCUGACCUGAAGCACCACUUGAGCUUAGCUGGCCACAAGAUUACAGACGACAAGGACCCGGUCCUUUUGGAGCAGGUGAUUUGCGGCUUGCCACCGACGUUCGCGCGAGACAUUCGUUUGCAGGGUGCUGGACAGGCCCUCUCCGUCAGUGACGUGACAGAGAAGGUUCGCGCUUUGCAACUGGUUGAAAGCGCUGCAUCAUCGCAUGCCAUUGGCGCUGCUGCCACCGAACCAGCGAAGUCUUUGUAUUGUUACACGUGCGGGAAAACUGGGCAUGUCAAGAAGACCUGCCGCGCUGGGAACCAGGAACCCUCCACGCAGAGCUCGUCAGCAGGCCCAUCUUCCUCGAAGAGCAGCCGAGUUCGUUGCCAUCAUUGUCACGAGCUAGGCCACAUCCGGAGAAACUGCCCGACCAGGAGAACACGGGGCACUGCGUCUGCUGGUGUUUCUGACCAGCCAGGAGGAAAAACCGAUUGCUGUUUGGCCCUGACUACAUCAUCGUCUUCCCUCAUCCGAGUGUACGUCGAUGCCUGCCGCAAAAAACACGACGAGUGGACUCGCCUGAGUUCUGUGGUGGACACUGGUUGCACGCGCUCUCUCAUCAGCCGUGCCGCGCUCCAGAAGUGCAAUGGCUUGCGUUACAUGGAACAGUGUCCGGACAACAUGCUCGCCCUCAACGGUGAAUCGCUGAAGAUACUGGGUAGCGUCCUGCUGAACCUCCGUCGACUCGACGGACCUGUGCACUUGGACCUACUGCCUGCCGUAUCUGUGCUGGUUGUCCCAGACUUGAGUGUCCUGAACACCGACAUGGUCGUCGGCAACGAUGUAGUGACCCGCGCUGGAGGUAUGCACCUGCAAUACGCUGACGGCUGUCUGUUGUCCGUCUCAUUUGGCUGUGCCGCUGUGCCUGCUGCUGUUAGUGCUGCCGCUGAUGUGCUACCUAAGCCAGCUGACAGUACUGCUCGCACCUCCAAGCUGUCCCGCCACGUCACGGUCAACCACUCUGGUGACGAUGUCACACUAAGUGUUGAUGAUGGUGAGGUGCACUGGAAUGCAGCCGCCGGCUACUGGAGCAUGAAGUGGCACUGGAGGGACGACAUGCCACCUGCUGAACCGAUUGGGUCAGGGAUUGGCGAAUAUCCCCGCGCCAAACUCACCGCCGAUCAGGAGCUGCAGUUCAAUGCUGAAGUAGAUGCCUGGAUCCAGCAAGGCUGGCUGGUACCACACGAUGCGGAUGUUCACGGACCACCGGGCGCCAUCCUCCCAUUGAUUGCGAAGUGCCAAGAGCACAAGGCCUCAACACCGGUUCGCCCUGUACUGGACUACCGUGGGCUGAACCAGCUCAUCCGCAACCACCCUGGGUGCAACACCCCUGUGUGCGGUGAGAAGCUGCGCAGCUGGCGACAGGCUGGUGACAAUUUCCACAUCCUGGAUAUACGGAAGGCGUACCUGCAGGUCCGUCUUGAUCCGUCGCUGGCGAGGUUCCAGACCGUCAUUUACAAGGGUAAGCCGUACGUCAUGAUGCGCAUGGGCUUCGGCCUUGGGAUUGCGCCAAAGCUGAUGAGCCUGAUCGUACAGUACGUCACUGGCCCCUACCCUACUGUCGACAGCUAUGUUGACGACUUGUUCGUGCCUGAUGAUCUCGUCACCACGGUGGAAGACGAGAUGGUGAAGUUUGGCCUACCCACCAAACCUGCUGAGUGCUUGCGAUCAGCCCGCGUCCUUGGUCUCCAGCUUCACAGCUCGAACGACGUCCUGCAGUGGCGACGACGCACAGAUGUCGACCUCUGCUGCCCAGCGAGCCCAACGAAGCGCGAUGUGUUCCGCUGGUGUGGUCGCCUGCUUGGUCACAACCCUGUGUGCUCCUGGCUCAGGCCAUACACUAGCUACCUGAAGAGGUUGGCUGACUCGCUCACUCCUGGAGGCUGGGACGCCAAGGUACCACCAGAAGUAGUAAGCCUCUGCCAAGAGCUGUCUGGUCGCGUUGAAGGAGAAGAUCCGGUACACGGUGCCUGGUCCGCUCCACCUGCCGCACAAUGGUCAGUAUGGUGCGACGCAUCCAACAUUGCCACCGGAAUUGUGGUGCAAUGCGGUGCAGAUGUCAUCGAGGAUGCGUGCUGGCUGCGUCCGAAGGAUGAUCGUACACACAUCAAUGUCGCCGAACUUGAUUCGGUGAUGAGUGGCCUUCAGCGUGCCACCGCCUACGGCCUCACGAGUGUGCGCCUCCUGACCGACUCCAAGACCGUGCAUGGUUGGCUGUAUAACCUGCUGCAUGACAUCCGCCGUGUCAAGACCAGCGGUCUGUAUGAUGUGCUCGUCCAACGCCGCUUGCAAGCUAUUGACGAGCUUGUCCGCCUCACCGGCCUGUCUGUCGUGGUCGAAUGGGUGCCCUCUGAACGCAACUUGGCUGAUCGGCUGACAAGAGUACCCACUCCAUGGUUGAAGCUCUGCCGUGCCAAGUCUGAGAUGUGUGCUGUUGCUGGUGAUACCACUAACCCCGCCGUGGCCCCGCCCAUGGCUGUUGCCACUAUCCGCGCAGCGCAGCAGAAUGAUGGACCGAUUCUGGCUGCCAUUCACGAGGUAUCCAAUGGGCUUCCUGUGUCGGCUGCAUGCUACCGGAGAGUUGCUGCUCAGCUGGUCGUGAAGGCUGGCCUGCUUCGCCGAAGCGUGAAAUUGCCCGAUGGUGACAUCGCUGAAGUGCCGGUGGUUCCCGAAUCACUGACUGAUGAGCUACUGGACAGGGCGCACAACAACACUGGGCAUGGCGCAUGGGAGUCCAUGUAUCGCACUCUCCGCCGACACUGCUAUUUCCCGAGAAUGGCUGAACGCUGCCAAGAAAUCGUAAGCUGCUGUGCGCAGUGCUGCUGUGCUAACCCUCGCCGUGGUCAGAUUCCUCCUCCGACUCGCACUGUACUGCCGGACCGACCCUGGAGUGUCAUCCAGCUGGACACCCUGGAACUUGGCGCAAGUAAAUCUGGUGAGUUCCAUUCCGUUCUGGUCUGCAUCGACAUGUUCUCGAAAUGGGUGGAAGUGGCUCCGCUACGCCGUCACGAUGCGCAAUCCGUGGCUGAUGCAUUCGUGCAGAUUUGCACUCGCUGGGGCCCCCCUGAUAUGGUCCGUCUCGACAAUGGCACUGAGUUCAUCAACGCUAUCGUCCGCUCUGUGUUUGCUAUGUUUGGAGUCACCAUCCAAACUGGAGCAGUACGCCAUCCCCAAUCGCAGGGCUGUGUUGAACGAUUCAACAGGACACUGCUGACUCUGAUGAGGAAGGUCCUAUCCGAAUCGUCUGACUGGAAUGCUGAUCUGAACACACUGCUGUACUUCUAUCGUAACCGACCUCAUUCCGCAACCAAGAUUUCGCCGAUGGAAGCCAUCUGUGGUUGGACACCCCACCAGUUGAUCGCUGAUCCAGAUCGGACUGUGAAUGACGGCAGCAACUGGUCUCGGGAUCACCCUGCUCGGUGUGCUCGACUGCGCGACCUCGUGGAAUCCGAGUUAUCCGACGCUGAUCGCAUCCAAGAGGAGACUGUGCCUGUCUAUCACACUGGUGAUCACGUUCUUCUCCGCCGUCCUGACCGUCACCAGAAGCGUCUACCGAUGUAUGAACCUGGUUGGCAAGUCAUUCGUGUUCUGUCCCCCUCGACUGUGGUGAUUCGACGGUGUGAACCUGUACGUGGUCGCAAUGCUGAGAAAGUAGUGAAUGUCGACCUGAUCAAGCUCGACCCUCACCCCGUUGCCGCAGAUGCAGAUGUUGACUCUGCUGAUGAUCGUGAUGACAUCCCUGCUAUCAUCCAAAUCGACAUGGAUCCGCAGCUUGACCAAGCCUACGGACUUCGUCGCCGGGCUGCAAUCCGUCCUCCUCAGCGGUUCCGUGACUAA